CUGAAGGACGUCUCGACCAUAACAUAGAGCGGUAUAGAGGAUAGGAUAGGAUAUGAAUCAUACUUAACGCUGUGAAUCAUUAAUCCAUGGCAAUUCGCAUUGUAUAGCCACUUACACGUUGCCACAAAGCGGGGCAUUGCGGAAAAACCUAUGCGCGUCAUGGUACAACGCGCAAUCCCAUCGACGUCUCGAACAAGCUUUGUUGUUCCCGCGAUGCCGUUCAAUUCGUCGCUGGUUUUGCUUCUGCUAUUUUUCGGAUGGUAUAAUGGCCCUUCCAGAUCCCAGCCUCCUCGGUGCUUCCACUUGAUCCCGAUACAAGGUUCGAAGCUAAAUCGCGAGCUCAUGUGGAUUCUUGCUCUAAGAAUCCAUAUCUGCUCUGAGGAGUUUAUCACGAAAGAUUGGCAAUUGUAUGCUUGUGCUAAAUGUGGAUUUGAGAACUUUGAUCGUACAGACUUGCAGACUUCGGAACCAUGUAACCGAGUAUGCUACAAUACAUAUCUCAAGAGGAUUCGGAUAAACUGGCAAAGGAGGAUAUCGUUAAUGUGCCAUAAAUUUAUCAUCCCUUCUCGCAGUGGCAAUUUGGCAUGGUCCUAGCCCUCUCUCUCUCACGAUUCGGGCCUGUAGUAUCGAUAUUACUCGCUUCUGUCGCUCAUCCAGCGCCCAUAUACAGAGAGGUCCGAAUCUGGUCCGAACUUAAACUUCUUCCCUAUUCGUGAAUCGCCGCUUCCCCAUCACCUUGGCCUUUGACUCCGAUUUACAAGGGAACGUACAUUUUUGGUUGGUGACUAGCUAUUUCCCUCGGAGAAAUUUUCUAGAUUGUAAGGAUGUUCGAGAGGACAU